UCGAAAUAAAAAAAAACAUUGUGUUACCAAAAAAAAAAAGAAAUAAAAAAACAUUGUCAUUCACAGUUCACAAUCUGCUGCGCACAUCGUCCCUCACAGCAAAGCGCCGCACCACCGCUUUCCUCCGGUCGCCGACCACCGCCACCCUCUCCUCCGCUGUUGGUUGAAGCUUGACAAGGUUCUACAACAUCAAUGGCGGAUUCGGAGACUGCAGAAGGUUACCAGCCUCCUGCAGAAUUUGAGGAAGAUAGCAAUGGAGCACUCAUUGAUCUUCCAAUGACUGGCUCCACUGAGCUUUGGCUCCUUAGGUUGCCUUACUCCAAAGAUUUUUUAUCUGACAUUCAUGGGAAGGAAUUGCCUGUCAAUCUACAAAAUGAUGGCAAACUGGCCUGGUUUGAGAGUUCAUCUGGGAAAAGGUACGAUUUUGUCAGCUAUGCUUGCCAGGAGCCAGCUGAAACUGUUUUCAUUCCCUCUGCUACAGACCCAAUAAUUGGAAAGGUUUCACGGCGAGUUUCCACUGUCCAUUACUCUGAUCCUAAAGAACUUGAAAAGCUUAGUGCAACCAGUGCAGGAAAAGUACAUCGAAAUUCUGCAGGAGCUACGGGGACAACUUCAUCCCGAUACUUUCCCAUGCGAAGCGGUAGAAGUUCACAAUCCGGACGUGCAGCUUCAUCUAAAGGUAGCAGGCAGAAAAGCACUGUAUCUGAAGUUACUGACCCAUCAUCUAAACGUGUGUCUAAGUCUACUGCCUCUGAGGACAUAUCUAGUGGAAGUCAUGUGCCUGAGUCCUCCCAUGGUCAUAGCACUGGCAUUUCAUCAAUGUCCUCUGAUCAGUCUCAUGGAGCAAAAUCAAAGAGAAGAAAACACAAGGAGUGAUUUUUCGUUGCCAUUUAGCCAAAUUAAUACUUCAAUAUUUCAAUUUUGUUUUCUCUCGGGCCUUUUUGGUGUAAGGAAUUAAUAGUGCUUGACUUUUGUGUUACAAAAGGAUGAUAAGAAAAGAGUCUACUCCCUUUUUUUUCAAAUUUUCAUUUGGUCCAAUUGGAUACUGUUAUCUAUUGAAGAACCCUUCUUUUUAUCUUUUC